AUGGUUUUCAGACGGUCGGUUCUCGUGGGUCUCGCUGUCGCUCUCGCGCCAUUGGCCGUGGCAGACGACCACCCUUACGUCGCCGACUCGGUCUGCAAUUGCUACCUGACCAACUCGUCCGAGAGCUACUUCACCAACCACCUGUUUUUCGACUUCCGCAACCUCAGCCAGUAUGCGAGAGUCCCCGACCUUCUCACCGACUGGGACGCGAGCGCCAACGCUCCAGUGACGUCCGACUACUUCAACUCGGACGCGUGGACCUCGAUAUGGGGCAUUCAGAACUGGAACAACACCGACAAGAAGGGCAAGGAUGGCAACGAUGCAACUGUCGACAUGGUCAACUCGGCCAACAACAUCUACAUUGAGAAGAACAACGACCAAGAUGCGUCGUCGGACACCUUCAUGAGCAUGCGCACCGCGAGUCUCAAGGGCUUCCAGACCUCCGCCGAGAUGGAGACCGUCUCGAUGGGCUACCACUACGUCUCAGUCCGCAUGCUCGCCCGCACCCUUGGCGACCCGGGCGCGUGCACGGCGCUGUUCACCUACCGCGAAGCCGACAAGUACGCCAAUGUGCAGGAGGCCGACAUCGAGGUGCUGACCAAGGACCCCGAGAACCGCAUCCAGUACACAAACCAGCCGUCCUUCGACUCCAAGGGCGACACCAUUGACAGGUCGACUCAGAACGGCACCAUGCCCAGCGGCACCUCGUGGCGCGACUGGGCCGUCCACCGCCUCGACUGGGACAAGAAGGACAGCACCUGGCUCGUCGACGGCUCCGAGGUCUCGAGCAUCUCGUUCCAGGUGCCCCGCGACCCCAGUCGUGUCAUGCUUAAUUCAUGGAGCGACGGCGGCUCGUGGUCCGGCGUCAUGAAGGUCGGCGACUCGGCCGUCAUGCAGAUCCAGUGGAUCGAUAUGGUCUUCAACAUCACCACCGACGAGUCUUCCGAGAAACGGGACCUCGGCCUUCAGCAGCGGCACGGCCACGGGCCCGCCGGCGAGCUGGAGCGCCGCAGCGGCCACGGUAAGUGCCAGGUCGUCUGCAGCAUCGACUCGUCCGACGUGGUCGGCCAGGCCGUGAUGCUGCACAACGGGACGGCACCCGGCCGCUUGCUGGGACAGUCCAGCGCCGUGGCUUUCUGGCUGCCCGUGGCGCUUAUGUCUGCCAUGAUGUACCAUCUUUGGGCCUAG